CUCUCAAUCACCACCUCAAAAUAAGGCAAGCGAUCGGCGGUCGAUCGUCCCGAAUAAUUUAAUUUAUUUAUUUCCCGACGAGGCGAAGGCGGCGAGGCGUCGCUCGCGCCUCGGAUUUCAAUUUGGAUCAAAAUUAUUGCCCUUCCCCUCCCGGCGGCAUCGAUUGCUACUCCCCGGCUCUGAAUCGGAGGCGGCCGGCCGGCUGGCGGCGAGCUAUAUAGCAGCAUGGCCGCCGGAGCCGUGGCGGCGGCGACGGCGCUGCUCGUCCUCGCGGCGGCGGCCGCGGCCGUGUCCGGGCUCCCGGCGAUCAACGUGACGGCGAUGGUGUUCGAGGAGGGGUACGCGCCGCUGUUCGGGCAGGACAACAUCCUCCGCUCCGCCGACGGCCGCACCGUCAGCCUCCUGCUCGACCGCUCCACCGGGUCUGGGUUCAUCUCGUCGUCCAUGUACCAGCACGGCUUCUUCAGCGCGUCCAUCAAGCUCCCCUCCGACUACACCGCCGGCGUCGUCGUCGCCUUCUACACGUCCAACGGCGACGUGUUCGAGAAGCGGCACGACGAGCUGGACUUCAAGUUCCUGGGCAACAUCCGGGGCAAGCCAUGGCGGGUGCAGACCAACGUGUACGGCAACGGCAGCGUGAGCCGCGGGCGCGAGGAGCGCUACGUGCUCCCCUUCGACCCCACCACCGAGUUCCACCGCUACUCCAUCCUGUGGACCGCCGCCGCGGUGGCCUUCUACGUCGACGACGUGCCCGUGCGCGAGGUCCGGCGCUCGCCCGCCAUGAGCGGCGACUUCCCCUCCAAGCCCAUGUCGCUCUACGCCACCGUCUGGGACGCCUCCACCUGGGCCACCUCGGGCGGCCGCCACCGCGUCAACUACCGCUACGGGCCCUUCGUCGCCUCCUUCACGGACCUCGCGCUCCUCGGCUGCCGCGCCGACCCCAUCCGCAUGGUGGCCGGCGGCGCCUCCUGCGCCGCCGACGAGGAGGCCCUGCGCGCGUCCGACGUGGCCGUCAUGACGGUGGAGAAGCAGCAGGCCAUGCGCCGGUUCCGGGAGCAGAACAUGGUCUACUCCUACUGCUACGACACGCUGCGCUACCCCGCCGCGCUCCCGGAGUGCGACGUCGUCGAGUCGGAGCGGAGGCGGUUCAGGGACAGCGGCCACCUCCGGUUCGCGCUGCGCCGCCGGGGCCCGCGCCGCUCCAGCAGGGGCGCCGCCGCCAGGCGCGCGGUGGCCGCGGCCAGAGCAGCGGCUUACAGGGCCAAGAAGCAAGCGGCGGAUCGGACAUCAUGGUAGGGAGUAAGUAGUCAGCGAUGGUGAUGGGUGGAUGUAGGCAUGGCGUCGAUCAGGUCUAAUGGGGAAUUGGAAAUCCGGUCCUGUUGGUGUUCAUCGAUGACGAUCACGCGGAACUCUCGUGUCGAGCGGACAAAGAAACCAACACAAAGAACACGAUCACGGGACAGGGCUUCCGAGCGAAAUCGUACGAGAGGGCAGCGCGGCGCGGGAGGUCGGCCUGUUGGGCCGGGAAACAGUAGCUAGCAAGAAUCCGGCCCAACAAGGCACAAAGGACUGGGCCUCUUGUGGUCAACGAAUCCGCCUACCUAUUAAUUAAUUCAGCGUCUGAUAAUUAAA